UUUAUCAAGGGACGAAGGAUGCAGAGGGAAACAUUCGUCAAUACGGGGGCCUGUAAGGAUAAUUUAUUUGGGCGGGGGAAGUCUGAAUGUUGUUGAUAAUGAAGGGUUUGCGUCACGUCAGUUUUGCAGCCUCUGGCAGGCCAUUGGACAGCACGACCAGGUGAAACCGGAAAAUCACUCCUUUACAAAAGUCAGACAAUCUCUGGGGAUCGCCGGUGUGUAUUUCUUGUGUUUAUUAGCUCCGCUAUAGCACGCGCUGACAGGUAACCACUAAUCAUCAUCAUCAUCAUCCUCUCGCGUCUGCCUCCUCGUCUGCUUAUCAUCGCAGACGAGCUGAUCACGCCCCAGUUGAACGUGCACACGGUCAACAAUAAUACAUUGAUUGAUACUGACGCCAUGGUCGCAUGGACAGACGCGGAGCGCAGCACGAUCAGCGCGGUUUGGGAAAAGGUUAAUAUCGAUGAGAUUGGACCGGACGUUUUGGCAAGGUAGAGGAUGCGAUUUGAACCGAGAGACAGGAGACGGGUGUUGAUCGUCUACCCCUGGACCGAGCGGUACUUCGGUACUUUUGGAGACAUCUUCACUGCAACUGCUGUUCUGAAUAACGCCAAAGUGGCCGCCCACGGCAAGGUGGUGCUGAGGGCGGUGGACAAAGGAGUGAAGAACAUGAACAACAUCAAGGGGACAUAUGCUGAUCUGAGCCGGUUGCACUACGAAAAACUCAAAGUGGAUCCCGACAACUUCAAACUAUUGGCCGACUGCCUCACAAUUGCCGUCGCUUGCAAACUCAAGAGCGCCCUGAGCCCUCAGGUCCAAGCUACCUGGCAGAAGUUUCUGUCUGCUGUGGUAGAGGCUAUGAACAGUCAGUACUCUUGAAGAGCUGUACAAUAGCAGCUGGGGAAUAAUAAUAAUAAAUAAAUAAA